AUGCGCUCUGUGACGCCUGGGACAAUGCACGCGCAAUCCUUGGGUUGUCGCGUCACAGUGCCUCACGAGAAUCUUGCGUGCUGCUCUUCUUCUGUCACCGAGGGCCAUCGGUCGCCAUCUCACAGCCUCUUCGCGACUCAGCUGUGGCCUGCGCUUGGUCAAGCACCUACAGGCCAACAGGGUGUUGUCCGAGGCCCGUGCGCACCUGCUACCCGUGAGAUCGUCGAGUAUCGGCUCGCCGUUGGUGUUGGUGCAGUGGAUGUGCAUAAGGUUAACCAGAAUGCGGGUGAUCAAGUGCCGGUAGUCGACAUUCCAUUUGAGAAAAGCAAACGUCUAACGACAUGGCUUCGACAGCUUCCCUUGCAAAAUCCAUAA